AUUUUUCUGCCAUUGGUCUCUCAAUCGACUACUGUACUUACGACAUGCUUGCAAGUGCUGCACUUGAAUCAUGGCAUCCAAGUUGCCUCAGAUCACUAUAGUUGGUGCCGGACUAAGUGGCCUUACGCUUGGACUCAGUUUAAGAAGCAAAGGUAUCGCUGCCGUGCUCUACGACCGUGCAGCUCCCUCACCACGCUACAACUAUGGCAUUACUCUCUACGCUUCAACCUACCGGCCCUUUCUGAGCCUGCUAGACAUGGACGAGUCCUCUUUUCGAGAAUCGGUGGCCGUCAAUGCACAGCAAGGAGGUACUGGAAGUUGGCCUGGGAGUGAUACAUUUCGAUGCCAUCGUGGCCGGCUUGAAGCUCUUCUCAGUCGGUAUCUCUCCAUCAACUGGGACAAAAGGCUAAAGGAGAUCAAUAUGUCUCCCGGCUCGAGAGGUGUCACUGCAGUAUUCGAAGACGGCUACCAGCACAAGACGACGUGUCUAAUUGGUUGCGACGGGCCUCACUCCAUGACCCGUCAAAGCCGGGCUCCGAGCAUGAAACUGGAAGUGUUGCCAUAUGUGGUUUUCAACGGGAAGCGACGCAUGUCCACCGAAGAAUAUAUGGGAACCAUUCACGAACACAUGCGAGACCACGUUCAGAAACAGACACGCGUAGGCAAUGUCUUGCUGGAAAUAUCAGUAACCGAUAUCGCCGGGUCCAAAGUCGAGUUGAGCUAUAUUUACUCCCGCGCGACCGACAUCCCUGAUGAGUUUUACGAGGAGCUUAGAAGUCUCAAAGGACUUGAGAUGCCCUUCAGGGAGAUAUUUGACGCCGACAAGGUUGAGGAUGACCGAACGCUCCAUUGGCUCAUGCGUUGUCUUGCUCCGGAGCCAAAAGAAGCCCAGCACCUUUCGGAACAUGGUGUCCUCCUUAUUGGUGAUGCUGUUCAUGCCACUCCAAUACUCGGCGGCGAGGGUGCUCAAAUAGCCAUUCAAGAUGGACUAGAUUUGGCAGAAUACAUUUCGACCAAUGGCGUCGAUGACCUCUGGCACUUCGCUCAAUCUAAGUAUAACACAUGGAAGAAGUCGGUGGAUAAUAGUAAAGAAAAGAUAAACGACUUACAUGUUUUAAAACCAUUUCAUUUAUGA